AUCAUCAUCAUCAUCUACUUGUACCAUAAGUUGUGACUGUGCUUCUCUUAUCUUUCCUCUUCUGCUAUAUAUAACUCCUCGUUCCUUCAGCUUUUCUCUCCUAUAUCGACUCGGUUGUGAUAUCCUACUUGGGCAACUCCCACAACCAUGGCCAAGAAGAAGAAGAACAACAGCAACAACGAGAACAACAUCAACAACAUGAAUACUGAAAACAAGAAUGAUGGAGAGAUGAAGAAAGAGGGAGGAGACGCUGAGAAAAAGGACGACAAGGGUCCAUUGAAUGUUGUGUUAAAGGUUGAAAUUCAUUGUGAGGGCUGCGCCUCCAAAAUCGUCAAAUAUGUUCGGGGUCUUGAAGGUGUGGAGUCAGUGAAAGCAGAUACCGGGUCAAACAAAGUGACGGUAGUUGGGGCAGUGGAUCCAUCCAAGAUCCGAGAUAAACUGGAGAAAAAAUUGAAAAAGAAAGUCGACCUCAUCUCUCCCCAACCCAAGAAAGACAAGGAAAAAGAAAAAGAAAAUGCCCAGAAACCAGACAACAAAUCGAAAGACAAACCCUCUGAUGACAAGAAACCCAAAGAGCCUCCGGUGACGACGGCGGUUUUGAAGCUCGAUCUUCACUGCCAGGGUUGUAUCAAGAAGAUUCACAAGACUGUUCAAAAAACCAAAGGAGUGCUGAAUAUGAAAGUGGACAAGCAGAAGGAGUUGGUGACUGUGAUAGGAACAAUGGAUCCUAAAGCCUUGGCUGAGAGUUUGAAGGAGAGACUGAGGAGGACCGUCGAGAUCGUGCCACCCAAGAAAGAGAAAGAAUCGAACGGUGGAGACAACAAUGAGAAGGGUGGUGGUGGUAAAAAGAAGAAAAAGGGUGGCGGCGGUGGUGGUGGUGGUGGUGGUGCUGAAGAGGGCGGAGAUGACGGUGAGAGUGGCGGCGGUGGUGGGAAAAUAGAGGGGAACAGAAUGGAAUACAUAGUGGGUUUACCCGGGCUGGGAUAUGGACACCCGUAUCAGUUAAGUGGAUAUCCGUCCCAGUUAAGUGGAUACCCGUACCCGUUGAGUGGAUACGGAUACGGGUACCCGGCGGAACAGGUGCAUGCGCCCCAGAUGUUUAGCGAUGAAAACCCGAAUGCUUGUUCAGUCAUGUGAUGCGAUGAAACUUUCUUUUGUUUUUAUUAUAAUAGCUUUAAGAAAUCAGAGAUUUCUUUAAAAUAGUGAAAAAUGUAAAUAAAGAACAGGGUGGGAAAAUUUUGGGUUAAUGCUCUUAAUCUAGAUUAGUAAUUGUUUGUUUAUGUUUUUAA